AUGGCUCCAGGGGGGAAGAAUCUCACGGCUGUGACAGAAUUUGUGCUCCUGGGUUUCCCCACCCAGGGGACCAUGGUCUUCCUGCACCCGAUGCUUUUCUCCCUGGUCUACCUGUGUGCCCUGCUGGGGAACGGGCUCAUCGUCCUCAUCACCACCCUGGACCGGCACCUCCACACCGCCAUGUACUUCUUCCUGAGGAGUCUGUCCUUCACGGACUUCUGCCUCAUCUCAGCCACAGUUCCCAAGUUCAUUGCCAACUCUCUGAGGCACAGCAGCUCCAUCUCCUUCCCGGGCUGUGUCCUCCAGGUCUUUGUGAUGAUUUUCUCAGCAGGUUCAGAGCUUUACCUGCUCACGGUGAUGAGCCUUGACCGCUAUGCUGCCAUCUGCCACCCCCUGCACUAUGAUUUCAUCAUGAGCAGGGACAGGUGUGUGCAGCUGACAGCCGUGUCCUGGCUGAGUGGGUGUGUCAUGUCUGUGAUGAACACAGCUGGAACCUUCUCAUUGUCCUACUGCAGGUCCAAACUGGUCCACCAGUUCUUCUGUGACAUCCCCCAGUUAUUGGCUAUUUCCUGCUCAGAAAAUUUAAUGAGAGAACUUGUCCCCAUUCUCAUUAAUGUGGUGUUGGAUUCCUGCUGUUUUAUUUUCAUCAUCAUUUCCUACAUCCACAUCUUCUCUGCUGUCAGGAAGAUCCCAUCCACAGAAGGGAAGGCCAAAGUCUACUCCACCUGCCUUCCCCACCUGCUGGUUGUGGUGCUGUUUCUCUCCGCUGGAUUCUUUGCUUAUCUGAAGCCGACCUCAGAGACUCCGUCCAUGUCUGACCUGGUCAUUUCUAUGUUCUACACGAUGGUGACCCCCACCUUUAAUCCCGUCACAUACAGUCUGAGGAACCAAGCCAUGAAGUCGGCUAUGGGCAGACUGAUGAAGGGGAGACUCACCAAAAUAUAA